GUUCGCGGCGCACGCGCUCCUCUCUCACCUCGUACGCGUAACCACCUCAAAUAUACUUCAACACGAUGGACACAACUGUACAAAAUAUUCUUAUUUUUGCUGCUGUGCUCGCAUCAGGAACUUGCAACACAAACAUGUUCGGUGGGCGCUGCUCGCGGCGCGAUCCUGCCGUGGAUGCCUGCCUACUACGCGGGUUCAACUCGCUCGCGGAGUACCUGAAGGGCGGCGCGCCGGAGCUGGGCAUCGAGGAGGACGAGCCGAUAGUAAUCGAGGAGUUAUCGAUAGCACUGGGGGGCGGGCCCGAUGGCUACCGAGCCACCUUCAAAGACAUACAUGCCACCGGAGUCUCCAACAUGACCAUCACUAAUGUCAGGUCCGACCUGGAGACACACCAGUUCCAGCUGACGCUGUUCGGGGCGCACAUCAGCGCGCGCGCGCGCUACCGCUCGUCGGGCGUACUGCUGCUCGUGCGCGCCUCCGGCGGCGGCGACUACUGGGGCGAAUACGACGGCGUGAAGGCUAAGGUGUACUUCCGCGGGGCGCCGUACGAGCGCGACGGCCGCACAUACCUGCGGCUGCAGCAGCUCAAGCUCGACUUUUCUGUCAAGGACAUCCAGAUGGGCGUCGAGAACCUGCACAAUGGGAACGCAGUGCUGCAGGCGGCGCUAAACCUGUUUAUCAACACAAACGCGCAGGAGCUGCUAAAGGAGAUGAAGCCGGAGCUGAAGCGAGACCUGGCCGACAAGAUGGCGCGCUUCCUGGCGCGGAUCCUCGACCACAUCCCCUACGACGAGUGGAUCCUGGACUAACCGCAGCGCUCAUCCCACUUACCUUCUUGUAACUCCAAACUUAAUUAUUCGCAACAUUUUAAUAACUUAUUGAAAACUAGGUU